AUGUUCGAGCUUAAGGAAAUUAUAGCGUCAAACUGCUUUGAUAUAUUUAUUGUUGGUGAAACUAAACUUGACGCUACUUUUCCCACCUCACAAAUUGCAAUCCCCGGCUACAAAGUUAUACGAAAGGACAGAAACAAACAUGGGGGCGGCCUUGUUGUCUAUUUGCGAUCAAACAUUAUUUCAACCCGUCUGGUCCAUCUUGAAUCAACAUCAGUAGAAACCAUUAUUAUCAAAAUCAGCUUAGACAAGAAGUCAUAUCUGUUAAUCGCUGCCUACAGACCACCUGGUCUGUGUAAGUCAGUUUGGUCGCCCGAAAUUCAAAGAAUUUUGGAUGCCGUUACGAUAGAUUUUACUAACAUAUUACUCGUUGGUGAUCUAAACUGUGAUCUAAUGAACCAAGAUAACAAUAUAGGUUACGAUGCUAUGGAGCUCAAAGAUAUUUGUGAUAUUUUUGACAUGGACUGUAUUAUAAAUGAACCAACCAGAAUAACAAACAAGACAAACCAAGCUUGCAAGACCAAAGCCAAAAAUCAUCAAAUAUUUAGUAGCUAUAAAUCUUUUGACGCAGACAAAUUUCGUGACGACCUUGUGGCAAUUCCCUUUCAUAUCACUGCAGUUUUUGAUGAUCCUGACGAUGUUAAUUGGGCAUGGAAUAAGCUAUUGAAUAAUGUAAUUGAACUUCAUGCCCCGUUGAAACAAUGCACUAUUCGUGGUGAUCAAGUACCAUUUAUGACAAAGGAACUCCGCAAAUCAAUUAUGACACGUAAUCGCCUGCAUAGAAAAUUUCUUAAAUCAAAAUCAACGGAUGACUGGGAAAAUUAUCGCACUCAAAGAAACCAAACCGUCACGCUACGUCGUCGUUGUAUUAAACAAUAUUUCAAGAAUAAGGCUGAAGAGGGGACUAAGAAUCCAUGGGCAUUUGAUUUCCACCUUAAGGAGAAUAAUACCGUUGUUACCAAUAAGACUGUAAUUGCAAAUAUUUUGAACCAGCACUUUGUUAAUGUUGCCGCAGGAUUUAAUACAUCGACUGCUCUGCAUCGUGAUUUACGACAACACCCAAGUGUGAAAGCUAUAUAUGAACAUUCAUUUAGCAAUUCUACAUUCCAAUUUAAUACCAUCAGUCCUAACAAAGUUAAUAAAGUUAUUAACGAUCUUAAACCCUCCAAGGCCCUAGCUCAUGAUAAUGUCCCAGUCAAAAUAUUAAAGUGUGGUGCUCCAGUGUUGGUGAAACCUUUAUCGGGACUGUUAAAUUAUCUUAUUAAAAACAACAGUUUCCCUGUUGCAAUGAAAUGUGCAGAUGUCACUCCUAUUCCUAAAAACUCAAAGGCAAAUACUAAAGAUCAAAUACGCCCAAUAUCAAUUCUACCCGUUGUUGGCAAAAUUUAUGAGAAAUGUCUCAACUCUCAGCUAUCAGCCUAUUUUAAAGAUCGAAUGAGCAAAUAUCUUUCCGCUUUUCGCAAACAUCACAGCUGUCAGACUGCAUUGUUACACCUUAUAGAGGAUUGGAAACAUAAACUGGACAAUGGUUCAGUUGUUGGACUUAUCGUGCUUGAUUUAAGUAAAGCGUUUGAUUCUUUGCCUCAUGAUUUAUUAAUUGCCAAACUUCGAGCGUAUGGCUUUGAUGAAGCAAGUCUGCAACUUAUGAAAUCAUAUUUGUCUGAUCGUUACCAAAGAGUUAAGAUUGAUGAUUGUUACUCAAAUUGGGAACAGAUCAUAAACGGGGUUCCACAAGGAUCAAUACUGGGACCAAUUCUCUUUAACAUCUUCAUAAAACGACUUCUUUUACCAUUAAAAGAGCCAGUCCACAUUCUUACGCAGACGAUACCCAACUCUAUCAUUCAAGUUAGCUCUCAACUUGCUGUUCUAAAUCGAUUUAAGAACUUAAUAUCAAGUGAUGCUAAAAUGAAGAUCUACAAUGCCUUCAUACUCUCGCAUCUCAACUAUUGCAGCAUUGUAUGGAAUCAUUGUGGUGCCCGGAAUCAACUAAAACUAGAGAGAAUUAACAAGCGUGCUUUACGUUAUGUCCUUAACGAUAAGACUAGCGAUUACGAUUCACUGUUAAACAAAAGUAACACUGUUUCACUUAAACAUCGUCGCAUUCAAGAUAUGCUUAUCUUGGUCUACAAGUCCUUAAAUGAAGAAGCUCCUGCUUAA